AUGGCAAUGUCGAGUCGGAGGUCCAAUGGUGCCACCGGGAAAGAUCUCAUGAAGACUUUCAGAGGAAAUCUCCAAGCUGUGGAAGCUGGAGAUGCCCUCUUGUCUUUGGAUGCUUUUUGCAAGAAGCAUCAUGUGCUCAUGAAGGAGAUUUUGGGCAUCACUACUCGGCCGACUGCAGCUGUCAUGCGUGAAUCAAUGAGCUUGGUGUGGCCAGGGGCACCAAGCUUGGAGCUGAAGACGUUUGCGAAUCAUCUUCACGAAGUUUACAAGACUCUCUUCACGAAGACUCGCAACAUGUCCACAGGAGGAAGGCUGGCCGACAGCAUUCAGGACAUGUGCUUCUUCAUCAAGGACUUGCUCGGUUUACCGGAGAGUAAGCAGGGGUCCAAGAGGGCAAGCUCAGGCUCUGCCCGGUCGCCCAAAGCCUCUCCGAAGAAGAAGAUCAAGCAAAGGCUGGACUCGACAUGCCAAAAGGCAUCGACAAGGAAACUUGAGGUUCACGUCUCUGUGUCCUCUUCGGAUGCAGGUGCAACAGUUAAGAAGGAGCCGGCAGAAGCUGCAGAACCUGCAAGCCAUACGAGAGAUGGGCCAAGGCCUCUGCCUACAGGCCAAAUCAGCAAGCUAUACCAGCAGGCUGCAUCGGCCGCCAGCUUUUUCCACACAGAUUUGUCAGUACCAACGGUGCUGCGAAUUGCAGGUGACAGCCGAGAGGCUGCCAAGAUGCACAAGGGGCCUUCUGGUUUUGCUGUGGCAGUGUGGUCCGAUGGGCAUCAGAUCGUGAGCGAGAUCCCGAACCUUCUGCUGGACAAAGAAGAUGGAGAAUCUCCAGCUGCAUGUGCAGAUGAUGCUGCAGCAGGCCAAGAUCUCGAAGCCCCUGCCGAAGCCGCUCUGGUUCCAGUCGAUGCUCCAGCUGCAGAUGAUGAUCAGGAUCCGAACUAUGGGGAUGUGGCGGUUCUCCCUGCAAAUGCGGUUCUUCGGAAGGAGUAUCGUGCAGCAAACAACACCAUGGCCUUUCGCAUGAUUUGGCGAAACGAAAAGAACAAAGAGUGCAAGAGGCAGAUGUUCCAGCUGAAAGGCGGCUCCGCCACCACGAAGGAGCAAUUGCAUGCAACAGGAGAGGAAGCCCUACGAAAAGCUCGAGCUGGAGAGCCUUUGGCCCAGGUCGAGACCAUGGUGCUCGUGCCGCUCUACUGCGAGGACAAGGACUGA